UUUUUUGACAGUACAUGUUCCUAAUCUUUUUUCUUUUUUUUAUUCUGUGUAUUUAGACAUGCUUACAAUAUGGUUCUUCAAAAUUUUGGAGAAAAGCUAUACUCUGGGUUGGUUGCCACCAUGACUUCUCAUCUCAAAGAGAUGGCUACAUCUAUUGAAUGCACUCAAGGAGAUUCCUUUCUGGAAGAAUUAAACAAAAAAUGGAAUCAUCAUCAUAAGUCAUUACAAAUGAUUAGAGACAUUCUGAUGUACAUGGACAAGAAAUAUGUCCCAAAUGCCCAAAAGACACCGGUUUAUGAACUUGGUCUUAACCUGUGGACAGAACAUGUUAUUUAUUCAGAACAGAUAAAGACUCGACUGUCGAAUACACUUUUGGAUUUAAUAUGCAGGGAGCGUGUUGGGGAAGAUGUUAAUGGAGAAUUGAUUAGAAACAUAACAAAGAUGCUAAUGGAUUUGGGUUCUUCUGUUUAUGAACAAGAAUUCGAGACUCCGUUUCUGCAAGUUUCAGCCGAGUUCUACAGGGCUGAAUCGCAGAAGUUGCUUGAGAGUUGUGAUUGCGGCGAUUAUCUCAAGACAGUUGAGAGGUGUCUGGAUGAGGAAAUGGAUAGAGUGUGUGAAUACUUGGACCCUAGCACUGAAAAGAAGAUUACUGAUGUUGUCGAGAAGGAGAUGAUUGCAAAUUACACGCUUAGAUUAAUCCAUAUGGAGAAUUCUGGGUUACUAAACAUGCUUCGCGAUGAUAAAUAUGAAGAUUUGUGUAGAAUGUAUAACUUGUUUUGUCGUGUUAGUGAUGGUUUCUACAAAAUAUUUGAGGUGAUGAUUUUACACGUUAGAAAGUCCUUUAAAGAGCUUAUUACUCAACUAGAAAGGUCGGACGAUCCUUCUGAAUUUGUGCAGAGGCUCUUAGAUGAGCAAGAUAAAUACGAGAAGAUUAUAAACUUAGCAUUUAAUAAUGACAAGUUGUUCCAAUAUGCUUUGUAUUGUUCAUUUGAAGUUUUCACUGACUUUUGA